CACUACUAAUAAUUCAUAAUGGAGGAAUUAGAUAGGCUAGAGGAAGAGUUUAACAAAAUUGCUGGACAUUUGAUAAGCAUGCACGAAGACCGGAGAGAUGAUAAAAGAGAUCCUGAACUAACUCUGGAGGCAAAUGACACAUCUCUUCUCAAAGCAACUGAUACAGGAGAAACACAGAAAUUAAUAGAGUUAUCUUCUCACUUGCUUGACAAAUGCAAAAAGUUGACUGAAGAAAAGGAGGACGACUUGGAUGAAGACUCUGGCUUAAAAAUUGACCUUGAAAACCAGAAUGAACUGCUUAAGCAGAAAUUAGAAACUGUCGAAGGAAUCCUUGCUAGAAGAGAAGAACAGAUUGAGCACAUCAGCCAGGAAAACUACAACCUUGAGAGUAUGAACAGGAGCAAUGAGAGAAGAAUGCAGAAAAUUAAGAAUGAAUAUAAAGUAAAAGAAGAACUAGGAGAUGAGAGAAGCGCAGAUUUUGGCAAUGAUCUUGAGGAUAGCAACCUCAGUCAUAGCUUUAAUCUUAUAAAAACAACAGAGACUAAGAGGCCGAGGAGGAAUAAUAACUUUAACACUUUUAAUGCCAAGACUGAUGAUUACUCUGUUGAAGCUAUCAGACUGACAAAAGUUGUAAAGAGCUUAGUAGAUGUCACUAACCAGAUCCUUAAUCAAUUUAAGUCUAAUAAAGAGCAAUUCCAGGGACAAGAGAGAGUGCUGACAAGGAUAGAUAAUGAAGUAGAGAAGAUCAUGAGGAAGCAGCAAGAACUUAUAACCGAGCAUAUUAAUCUUAAUUCAGGAGUUGACGAUAUCAGUCUCGAACUAGAAGAACACUGGAAACUUAUUGAACAAAUUACUACUGAGAAUAAAGUCCUUAAUGAAAAGGUCUACAAGAUUGGGAAGACAGAUCUUCCUGCCUUGAAAACCUUUUUGCUUGGUAAAUCAAAUAUGAUGAUGAAUACACUAAUGCAGUCUACUAAUAUGAUGAAUGCGACUAAUAAUAUGAAGAGCUCUAAUAUCCUUUCUAAUCAGCUGAAGGGGACUAAUGCAGGAAAUAUUCAACCUACUGGGAACGCUGUUUAUAAUAAUGAGAUCAGAGGGUCUAUGUCUUCUCUGGUGUCUAUGGAGGAAGUACAAGAAGAAUAUGUCAAGCAAGACUCUCUUAAUAUGAGAGUUGAUGGAAGCCUAGAGUCUACUGAGUUCCUCGGAGCUAGAGAUGGUGAAGAUGAUGAUGUCCAUGAAAUGCAAAAAUCUUCGAUUACUGAAGAUGAAGAAAUAACUUCAAAAUCUUCAUUUAGAUCGGAUAUUGUGAGUAAUUCUAGAGGAAGUUUUGAUACUAAAGAAGACCCAAAUGAAAAGGAUGAUGAUAAAGAAGAGGAGGGAGACAAAAAUGUAACAGACUCUAUGGCCUCAGAAAAAUACAGAGGAAUGAGUGUCGGAAAUCCUCUUGAGGCACAUAAGACAUUUACCAAGGAUGCUCCAGAAAUAAUGGUGAAACAAAGUACUUUCAAAAAGAGAGUUUCUAAGGGAGAGACCCCAGUGCAGCAAAUCCCUCUGCAAGUAAUCCUCGAAAGAAGCAAAGCUGCUAAUAACAGGAUGACUAAAUCAUCUCUCAUGAUUGAUGACAUUGGGCAUAACAGAAGUGUGAGAGCCUCCAUGGUGCAUCACAGGAGGAGGAACAGUGUUAUGCCUAAAGAGGACUUCAGAUCUACUGAAUAUGAGAAGGAGCCUUUGCCUGCCAAUGCCCAUAACUGGAAGAUCAAUGGAGAACAGAUGUACAUGCACAUGGUCAAUUCUUACAACCAUCAGCUUAGACAGAAGUAUAUCUGAGAUUUAGCAGCCGUCCAAGUUCUUUCUGAGAGAAAACUUCCCGGAUUUGAUAUCAAUAUGUUCAAGAACAUGCAGAAGCUUUUGUCAAACCAAAGUCUUGGAGACAUUCAUUACGAAGAGAGUAAAGUGGAAUACUCAAGUUCAAGACAUUUGCCGAACCAUAUUCAGACGAAUAGCUAUGAAGAAACUUCAAGGAAGGAAUCUUCAAUGCUACAAUCUUUUAAAGAAAGAGGCAAGAAAUUAGCUAAGGAUCAUGAUGAAUCUCAGACCAUUGAGACUUCUUUCCACAAGGAUAGUAAGAAAGGUGAUAGAAAUACUAAGAUGAGUACGAGUAGGCCUAAGGACUCCCAGAAGACAAUGCAAGAGCCAAACUCGAGCCAGAAGUGCUGCACCAUUUUUUAAUUUGACUUGACUCCAUAA